GGGCACAACAGAUAGGCACCAAAGAGGCCGUUAACUUAGCUAAAGUUUGAUGAGGACAUCUUGACCUUAAACCCUUUUGUGGUACACCAAACUGCCAAAAACGCGGAUCCAUUUCCGUUCUCUACUAAUAUGGAAAAACAUAAGGGCAUUAAAAAAUAACGUUUCAGGUGAUUGAAAGUAUGUAUUAACUUGAAGGAAUGUUGUGAGAGAGAAGGCAGAUGGAAUAAUAUUGAGUAUUCUAUUGAGUGGAUAUUAAUAUUAGAGGAUUCAGCAAAAACAGAAACAAAAUAUCUUAAAUUUUGCGAUCGAUUAUCUUCGGUUAAUUGAUUCCUGUUUGGUUCUGCCUCGAAUAAUUUAAUUCCUUACUCCACCCGACACCGAGCCGUGUUUGUUCAAAUUUCAACGUUCAAUGGUUGUGUGAGGUACAGCUUCAUAGGGAUGUAUGUUCCACCUACGUCUCCAUUGGCAAGGAUCUGGGCGACAUGGGGCUAUCUCCAGUCCAUCGGCGACUUUAAAGGGAGUCGGGAGUUGACAGCCAGAGGUGACAACUAUUAUCUGGCCUUCGAAGGGAUCAGGUACGCUAAGCCGCCGAUCGGGUACAACAGUUUCAGGGACCCGAUCAGUUUCAACUAUCAAGGCAACACGGAGCGUAAGGUGCACUGUAUGGACAUAGACUCAAACGGUAAAGUAUUCGGAGAAGAAGACUGCCUCUGCAUCAACGUCUACACCCCUUUGCCUUACGUAAAUAAAAGCUUGCCUGUGUUGAUCUGGAUCGACGGGCGCAGAUUUCAUUACGAAAGUGUCAGAGACAGCGUGUGCCAGCCUGCCCGGCUCGUGGAAAAAUGGAUGGUGGUCGUGACGGUGAACUACCGGCUAGGACCGCUCGGCUUUCUGAGCUCGGAGGGUAAGAGCAAUCCGGGAAACUACGGACUCAAAGACCAGCAGAUGGCCAUCGAAUGGGUCUUCAAGAAUAUACACAAGUUCGGAGGUGAUCCGAAGAAGAUUACAUUGGGAGGAGAAGGUGGUGGAGCCGCGCACGUCCUCUUCCAUUUAAACGGUGCUCUGUCGGGCAGGAUCAGCAAGGGAAUAGCUCUCAGUGGGUCUAGGUUCGCACCCUGGGCCAUAUCUAAAAUAGGAUGGGUGAAGCGAAAUACGAGAACGAUCAUGGUCUCGUUCUGGAGUCUAAACCACCUGGAUCGUUUUAGGACGAUGACAAGCUCGGAGAUAGUCGCCAAAGCGAACAAACUAAACAACCAUUGGCUGGUCUAUCGCGCCAUCUGGUUGGAGAAGAUCUUGUAUCCUUUCAUACCGGUCGUGGACGGUGCGGUUAUCAAGGACGACCCUUGGAAAAAGGUGGGAACGCAGGGAAACUUUUCCCUCCUUCUCGGUAUUAAGGACAAAGAAGAGUCUUUCAUCGAUUCAUUCCUCAAGAAAGAGAAAAAAAUUGGGUCACUAGUGUCGUCGAUCUUUUGGGACGACUUCAACUACGAGUUGAUCGUAGGGAAGGCGAACAAUCUUAUAUCGGACGACAGGUACAAGGUGGCAGAAUUCUACAAAAGCAAUAACGACUUAAAGAGCAUCAUCAAAGACGGUUGGUUUAUCUUUCCAGCCAUGGCAGAGGCCAAAUUCCAUAGAGGUCCUUUUGAGGCGUUCAUGUACCAGGACCUACGAGGUACUCCCUCUCAGAACGAAACGAUGAAAAACCUGUCAGACCUGAUAGCCAGAUUCGUCUACGGGAACCCGUCCGAGCUUAAAUCGUACUCGGAGGACAAGCGUUUAUUCAAAAUCACAGCCGCUCUCCACAACCCAAGACUCUUCAAGGAAAUGGACGAACCAAUGUCGAAGAGGAUGCAGACGUGGAAGUCGUUAAAUAUGUUACCGCCGCACGAUUCCACUUCCAUCGCCUCCACAGGCCAGGAGGGCAACCAGUCAACCUCUAAUGCCUCCCGUGAGAUGUCGCAACCACACCUCCCCUGUUUUUCCUUCCCAGAACAUCUAUAAAUAAAUAAAUUUUCCUUGAUUUUUCUGAACCAGA